AUGAGUCAAGCCACAUCUAGUUUGACUCCUGUUAUGGAUCCAUAUGGUAUUCCACAAGCAGUCAAAGUACUUGAUAGCAAGGCGGAAGAAGUUCUAGAAGCUAUUGAGAAUUCCAGCGGUGAUGAAAGUGAUUAUGAAAGUGAAAAGAAAGAGAUUUUACAACACAUGGAAUAUUUUAACCGAUUAUUUGUUGUUGCAUCUUCUUCCAUGCAAUUAUAUUACGAGAAGUAUAUAUUGAAGCAACCAUGCAUGGAUUCAAAACAGUCAGGAAAAUAUUAUCUUGUUAAUUCUGGAUAUCCUCAAAUGAAAGGUUAUCUUAGACCAUAUAGAGAUUUUAUGGAAUACGAAGAUAUUAACAGGGCAUAUGAGAAUAUUAUUGAUUCAGAAAAUACGCAUGGUCGAAAAAGUGAUAAUGAUGAUGACAACGACGACGAUCGUGAUGAUGAUGAAUCAAACAAUUCAAGUGGUUUUGAAAUGGAAUUAACAAGAGAUGCUAUAGCUUCUAGUUUAAUGAAUUCACUUUAA